AUGGCAACAAUCGAUUCUGAUAUCGAGUUGGAUUAUGGUGAUCCACCUCCUCAAAGAAUGCCAUUGUCAAAAACAUCUAACUUGAUAGAAAAAAAGUCAAAGGCUCCUGGCAGCAAAAAGUCGAAAAGUAAUAAUGCGAACAAUGGGGAGGGAGAAGGGAAGGAGAAUAUCAAUGAGGAUCCCAUGAGCGUUUUUACAAGUAUCGAUAAACAAACAAAACGGUUAAGCAUUGAGAAAAUUUACCAGAAGAAAAGUCAAUUGGAGCAUAUUUUACUGCGGCCGGAUACUUAUAUUGGCUCAGUUGAGCAUACGGAUAAAUCGCCUAUGUGGGUCUAUGACCCAGAAUUGGAACGUAUUGUGCAGCGUGAUAUUAGUUAUGUUCCUGGCCUAUACAAAAUUUUUGACGAAAUACUCGUUAACGCGGCUGAUAAUAAACAGAGGGAUCCAAAAAUGAAUUUAAUUAGGAUAAACAUUAAUAAGGCUAAAAACGAGAUAAGCGUUUUCAACAAUGGAAAAGGUAUACCUGUUGUCUUCCACAAAAUCGAGAAAAUGUAUGUUCCUGAGUUGAUAUUCGGUACACUGUUAACGUCUUCAAACUACAACGAUGAUGAACGUAAAGUAACCGGUGGUCGAAAUGGAUAUGGUGCGAAGCUUUGCAAUAUAUUCAGUACUGAAUUUACUGUCGAGACUUCUUCAAAGGAAUAUGGGAAAUGCUUUAAGCAAACUUGGAUAAACAACAUGGCAAAAGGUGAUGAGGCUCUUGUGACAAAGGCUACAGGAGAAGACUUUACUCGAAUAACUUUCAAGCCUGAUCUAGCCAAAUUUAAAAUGACAGAUCUUGAUGAUGAUAUUGUUGGCUUGAUAUCGCGUCGUGCGUAUGAUGUAGCCGGUUCGUCAAGGGGAGUGAAAGUGUAUUUGAACGGCAAAGCACUCCCGGUGCAAGGUUUCAAGCAGUAUGUUGAGCAGUAUGCGAAACACAAUCUUGAUAGUCAUGGAGAGCCGUACAAGGUUGCAUAUGAACAGGCAAACGAUCGUUGGGAAGUGGCUCUUACAGUAUCUGAAAAGGGUUUCCAACAAGUCUCCUUUGUUAAUAGUAUAGCUACCACCAAGGGAGGCAGACAUGUCGAUUAUGUAGCCGACCAAAUUACAGCGAAACUGAUAGAGACUAUUAAGAAGAAAAUUGGGAAAAGUGGUAUCAACGUGAAGCCUUUCCAGAUCAAGAACCACAUGUGGGUGUUCGUUAAUUCUUUGAUUGAAAAUCCCACUUUUGACUCACAAACGAAGGAAACCAUGACUCUUCAGUCAAAAAGUUUUGGAUCAAAGUGUGAGCUUUCAGAAAAAUUUGUUGCAGCCGCUAUGAAAUGUGGCAUAGUUGAGGCUGUAAUGGCAUGGGUUCGGUUUAAACAGCAGGAAAAUCUCGAUAAAAAAUGUUCGAGCAAGAAGACGAGCAAGUUAAAGGGCGUUCCAAAAUUGGAAGAUGCUAAUGACGCAGGCACGAAGAAUUCCGCUUUGUGUACGCUUAUUCUUACGGAGGGGGAUUCAGCAAAAUCUCUGGCUGUUUCUGGCUUGGGUGUUGUUGGUCGCGAUAAGUAUGGCGUCUUCCCGUUACGUGGUAAAAUGUUAAACGUGCGAGAAGGGAGCCAUAAGCAGAUAACGGAGAAUGCUGAAAUCAACGCUCUGAUAAAAAUCAUUGGCCUGCAGUACCGCUUGAAAUAUGAUAAAGAUGAAGAAAUGAAGACCCUUCGUUACGGAAAAGUUAUGGUUAUGGCUGAUCAGGAUCAAGAUGGCUCUCACAUUAAAGGGCUGGUAAUAAACUUUAUCCAUUAUAACUGGCCAAAUCUUAUUCGUCGAAAUUUUGUUGAAGAAUUCAUAACUCCCAUAGUUAAGGCAACCAAAGGGAAAGAGGAAAAAUCAUUCUUUUCUCUCCCAGAAUAUGCUGAAUGGAGAAACAACACAGAGAACUGGAAAUCGUACCGUAUAAAAUACUACAAAGGUUUGGGUACUUCGACCUCUAAGGAAGCUAAGGAAUAUUUCACUGACAUGGCUCGUCAUAGAAUUCGUUUUCGGUAUUCGGGGGAUGAUGAUGAUAGUUCUAUAGAUAUGGCGUUCAGCAAGAAAAAAAUUGAAGAUAGGAAAGCUUGGUUGACGAAAUGGAUGGCUGAAAAAAAAGAAAGACGGGAACAAGGUUUGACUGAGGAGUAUCUGUAUGACAAAGAUACUCGUGCAGUCUCAUUCAAAGACUUUGUAAACAAAGAAUUAGUGCUUUUCUCCAAUGCAGAUAACGAACGGUCCAUACCUAGCUUAGUUGACGGCUUGAAGCCCGGUCAGAGGAAGGUGUUAUUUACGUGCUUUAAACGUGCCGAUAAGAAGGAGGUUAAAGUUGCUCAGCUAGCGGGUGCUGUGGGCGAAAUGUCUGCGUACCAUCAUGGGGAACAAUCGUUAAUGUCUACUAUUGUUAAUUUGGCUCAAGACUUUGUUGGGUCAAAUAAUAUAAACCUCCUUUUGCCAAUUGGUCAGUUUGGUACCCGUCUUCAAGGGGGAAAAGAUAGCGCCAGCCCGCGUUACAUAUUUACUCAACUAAACCCCGUGGCUCGCGCUCUUUUCCCUCAAAUUGAUGAAAAUGUUUUGAAGUUCCUGUUCGAGGAAAAUCAACGGAUUGAGCCUGAAUGGUACUGCCCGAUUAUACCAACUGUAUUAGUCAAUGGAGCUGAAGGAAUUGGCACCGCGUGGUCCACAAAAGUACCCAACUAUAAUCCACGGGAAAUAGUUGAGAAUAUAAGAAGAUUAAUACGCGGUGAUGAACCAAUACCCUUGGUCCCAUGGUUUAAAAAUUUUCGCGGAACCAUUGAGAAAUUAGACGAGCAGCGUUUUGUCUGCAGUGGUGAAGUAGCAGUUUUAAAUGACGAUACUAUUGAAAUUACUGAGCUCCCAAUUCGUACUUGGACCCAAACUUACAAAGAAAGCGUCUUAGAACCGUUUUUAGAUGGUAAUGAAAGGCAGCCCGCAAUUAUACAAGACUUCAAAGAAUACCAUACUGACACGACGGUAAAAUUUGUAGUGAAAAUGAACCCGCAAAAGUUACGUGAAGCUGAAGGUGAAGGUUUGCACAAAGUAUUUAAAUUGCAAACAGCUAUCAAUACCACCUCAAUGGUUUUGUUUGACUCUAUGGGCUGUUUACGAAAGUUUGCUACGGUGGAAGAAAUUUGCAAAGAAUUUUUUGAAACCAGGAAAAAAAAGUAUAUUGAAAGGAAGGCAUUUCAAGAGGGAAUGUUGCGUGCUCAGAGUGAACGGCUCACUAAUCAGAUUAAAGGGGAGAUUCUUAUUGAGAAUAAAAGGAAGGUUGCUAUAGUUGAGCAGUUGGUUAAGAAGGGUUUUGACCCAGAUCCUGUGAAGAAAUGGCGAGAUUACAUAAAAAAGAAGGAGUUAGAAAUGUCUGGUGAAGUUGGGGUUGAAGACGAUGAGGAGGAAGGAGCGCCUAGUGACGAGGAUGCUAACGCUGGCGAAAGCGCAAAUAAAGAUACAGAUAAAAAACUCCAAGAUUAUGACUACUUGGUUGGUAUGGCGAUUUUGAAGCUUUCCGAAGAAGAAAAAAAUAAACUGUUGCGCGAGAGCGAUGCAAAAUUAGAGGAGUUAAAGAAGCUUCAGUCUACUACAUGGGCUGAGAUGUGGAGUAGUGACCUGGAUUAUUUUCUCGCUGAGCUGGAGAAGCAGGAAGCCAAAGAAAUUGCGGAUACGAAUGCCCAAAUACAGAACGCGACGAAAAAAUUAGCCAAGGAAGGCACAGGUGGAGGCCGUAAAAAGGGUGGAGCUCUUCUAGCAAAAGAAGUCUUGCCUGACCCAAAUGGUCUUCGUGUUAUUCCAAAACUUGAGCAUAUGAAGGAAAAAUAUGAAAGUAAGAGGCAUGCUAACGGUGAACCAAGGGCCCGGAAGCCUCGGCAGCCGAAACAGCCAAAGGAGGUAAAAGCCAGUAACGGUGAAGAUGAGACUGAAGGAGGAAGUGAGAAACGGAAAUCUGCUAAGAAAGGUGUGUGA